AUGCCUGCGGCCGCGCAAAUCAUCGCGGUGCGGGAAGCCGACGCUCUAUCGAGUUCGCAGUCGCCUAGCCUUCUAUCCAGUCGCUAUGCCGGCCAUUUGGAGUGGGGGACGAUUGAGAAGCAGCAAUUAACGGCAGCGUACCAGUCUGGGGCACACAAGAAGGCCUCGGUAAUGCCGGCCGUAGCUGCGGUCUCUGCUCCGCAUCCUCCUUCCCUUGACCAGCCUGCCAGCAUCGUCGUCCCUGGCGCCCCUGCCAGCAUCGACCCUGGCGCCGCAUCUGAGGCUUCGCAAGAACUUUCCGCGCUACAGCAUUCCGCGAUACAGCCCGCUGCAGGCGCGGUCGUGGCGGGGGAGGCGGCAGCCACUGCGGAAGCACUCGGCGGCGCAGAGGCAGGGGGGGGCGGAUCAGGGGCGCAAGGCGCAGCGGGGCAGGGGUCGGGGGAGCAGGAGGGAGGAGGGGUGGGAGGGCAAGGGGUGCACGAGGCCGUGACCGGGGCACAAGGGGCAGGGGAAGCCAACGGAGCAGGGGGCGCGGGAGCAGGGGGGGCAGGGGGAGCAGGAAGGGGGGGACCCGGGGGCGAGGGAGCAGUGGAGCCAGAGCAGCAGCUGGCGGAGGCGUGGCAGCGCGCGUUGGAUGAGGCGGAGGUGGAGAUCCGCAAGCAGGCUAUUGAGAACGAAUUUCUGCGCUCCCAGCUGCGCGUGCUCGAAUGGCAGAUGAGCAACGGAGCGCUAGCAAGUUCCGCGCCUCCUGACGUGGACGGGCUGCUCUCCCCUUCCUCCGCGCGCCUUCCCCCUUCCGCCAGUACAGGCGCGGGGCUCAGUCCAGGCUUAUCUGGGGCAGGUGCAACUGUUGCAGGCGUAGCAGGGGCGGGCGCUUCUAGCGGCCCUCUAGGCGGCUAUAGCGGCGUUUUAGGCGGAAGUCCGCAGAUAGUGGGGUUAGGCGGAGCAGCAGCAGUGGGUACUGGUGGUGCUGCUCCUGCUGUAGUGGGAAUAGGUGGGGCUGAAGGGGCAGUAGGGGGAGGGAGAGGCGGAGGGAUCAUGGCUGCUGUAGCAGCAGCUGUAGCGCCAGGAAUGGCUGGUGGUAAUGGUGGUGGAAUGGGAGGGCUGUUGGGAUCCGAUCAGGUGGUUUCUGGGGAAGGUGGUAUUGGGAAUUUUGGCGGGAUGGUAGGGGACGGAGGAGGAGGGGGAGGAGUGGGAGGAGGAGUGGGAGGAGUGGGAGGAAUGGGAGGAAUGGGAGGAGGAGGGGGAGGGGGAGGGGGAGGAGAGAAGGACUUGGAAGCAGCUCUGCUAGAGCGACUGCUACAGAAGCUGUCUGUGAAUGGAUCUCUGGCUGCUGCUGUGGCGCAAGCAGCAGGGGGAGGCGGAGCUGGGGGCGGCGCAGGGGGAGGGGGAAGGGGGGAAGGAGGGGGACUGGGGGCAGUAGGGGAGGGUGGUGUAGCGAAUGGGUUGAUGAACGGAGGGGCGGGGGGCGGGCUGACUGGGCAUGUGCUGGAUGGGGAGCGUGAUAGCCUUGCGUUGACUCCCUUUGACCAGCAGUCGCUGACUGUGCACCCCUCCAACUCCACGUCAUCACGCCAGCUGAAUUCUCUGCAGCCCUUUGCAAACGACCUGACUCGGUCAACGGGCGGGGCGGCAGCGUCCGGCCCUAGCGGGUCGGCGGCGGGCGGCGGAGACAGGUCUGUGAACGUGGGCGAGCUGAUGCAGCGGGUGGCGUCGCUGGAGGAGCAGGUUCGCAGCAAGGACAAGCUGCUGGCUGCUGCCCAGGCGCGGGAGGCACAGCUGCAGGCAGAGAAGCGGUCUCUGGAGCGCAGGAUGUCAGAGCUGCGACUGGCGUUUGACGGGCAGCAGCAGAACCUGAUGGGGUCGGCCCAGAAGGCCAUGGGGUACCGCCGGGACGUGCUGGAGGAAAACGUGCGCCUGACCCGCGCGCUGGAGCGAGCGGAGCAUGACCGAAUGCUAUUCAUCAGCACGCUCACGCCGCUAGCAGGGGAGUUUGGCCUCUCUGCCACCGCCUCUGCUGACUCUCACCACAUGCUGCUCUCCGUCAAGUCUGUGCUGCAGCAGCUGCUCACCCGAACCACUCGCAGCAACGAGGGCGGGCCGUCACCCCCUCUCCCAACACUCUAUGGCACCACAGACCCCACCCUCUCUGCUCUGCUGCUCGCCAGUGGCGCCAACCCCCACAGCACCUCCCUCGCACCAAACCCCCUCUCUUCCGCUGCCGCGCUCUCUGCUGCUGCUUCGCCUCUCCGUGCCUUGGCUGGGCUGAUGCCUCCUGCGUCUGCACCUGCGGGUGGUGAUCCUCUGCUGCUGCGCUCCUUUGCUGUGGCUCUCUCUGCUGCUGCCUCGCCUCUCCGUGCCUUGGCUGGGCUGGUGUCCCCUGCUGCUGCUGCACCUGCAUCUGCUACUGCUGAUCCUCCGUUGCCCUUUUCCUUCCCCACUGACAAUCAAGGCGCCUCCUUAUCUGCAGCAUACUUUGCCCAGCUCCCUCUCCUAUCUCCCUCCCGUCUCUCUUCUCUCCACGCUUUUCUCUCCUCUCUUCACUCUCCUCACUUUUUCCUCCCCUCCGCCCCAUGCUCCCCCAUGCCCGCCUUUGCCCAGUCUUGCACUUGCGCAAGCAGCGGAGCAGGAGUGGGGGUGAUGCAGCAGCAGCAGCAGCAGCAGCAAGGGGGGAUGGAAGGGGUGGGGAGUGUGGGCAUGGGGCAAGGGCAGGCGAUGGGGUAUGUGGGAGGGGAGGGGGCUGCGGGAAGCAUAGGGGGACCUGGGGCGAGCAUGGGAGGCGCGGGUGACCCUGCUGCUAGCUGGGGUGGUGGAUUGGCACCGAUCCGUGAGGAUGACGGUGAGUGGGUGUUGGUGGAAGUAAAGGGGCAAGGCUUGGCAACUCAGCAGCAGCAGCAGCAGCAGCAGCAACCGCAGCAGCAGGAAUACCAGCAACAGCAAGAGUACCAGCAGCAGGAGUAUCAGCAACAGCAGGAUUUCGCAGGGCAGGGUAUGAACGAGGGUGGUGGUGGUGGUGGUGCGGACCCCACUGGCAGCACCAUUGAUUCUCAGUACAACCCCAGCUUGGAUUCCUCUCAGCAGCAGCACAGCUUCCAUCUGGAAGGGCAGCAGCAGCAGGUGGUGCAGCAGUAUGCACAGGACGACUACCAGCAGCAGCAGCAGCAGGAUUUUCAGCAGCAGCAGCAGCAGGAAUAUCAGCAGCAGGAGUACCAGCAGCAGGACUAUCAGCAGCAGCAGCAGCAGCAGGAAUACCAGGGGCAGGAGUAUCAACAGCAGGAAUAUCAGCAGCAGGAGUACCAGCAGCAGGAGUAUCAGCAGCAGGAGGUGGGAGGGGAAGGUGCAGGGCAGCAGGAGGCAGCGGGGGAAGGGCAGGCAGGAGAGGGGGAGGAGGGGCAGGGGGAGGAGGAGGGGGAGGAGCUACUGCCGGGGAUAGAGGGGCUGAGGGUGAUAGGAGACGCGGCCAUGGGAAAUAAGCUCACUGCGUGCGGUCAUUCAGUGAACGGCACCAAGCUCUGUGUCUUCCAGUGGGUGCGGCAAUACCAAGAUGGCACUGCUGAGUUUAUCGAAGGAGCGUCAUCACCCGAGUAUGCCGUGUCAGCUGAUGACUGCAACGCCAUCAUCGCUGUGGAGUGUGUGCCGCUGGACGAGGCAGGCAGAAGGGGGGAGUUGUCUCGAGUGGUGGUCAAUGAAGGCAACUUGAUCCAACUCGAGCCCACGGUGCAGGACACACUAGCAGGAUGGCUGGCAGAGGGGACCACCCAGUUUGAAGCCACCCUCGUGGAGAUCAGUGAGGGGGAGGAGCCACAGGAGCAGCAGCAGACACCGCAGGCAGUGACGCUGCAAGUGAGGCGGCCAGACUUUGUGCUGCGCAAGGCCAAGAAGGCGUUCAUCAAGGAGCCCUGGGGCAACCUCACAGCGGUGGAGAUCAGUGUGAUGCAUCGCAUGUCGCUCUUCUUCAUCCUCUCCGAUGGUCGGCAACUCUUCCUUGAUUUCAGGGAUGCCAGAACGAGGGACUUGGCAGCGCUAUCCAUUCGGCAGUUCAAGGCCAACGUGCAUGAGAAGGGCUCCUCUCGGAAGGGUCUUGGUUGGCUUGGAAUCAAAAAGCCAUGA